UGGAAUGAAUGAGAAUGGCCAAAAAUGGAGCUCAAAAGGCGGCAAUAUUUCCCACUUUUCAACCCAAAAGAUCUUCCACUGUAGCUAUUUUUUGGAAGAUAAAAUCCAAUAUAAGACAUUAUUAUUGGCACUUCCUCACUAAUUUUCGCAUCUGUAUACUUUCUUCGACAAAGAGAACCCUUCAUUACAAUCAUCCUGUAAAUUGUGUAAACAUUCGAAAUGAAAAAGAAGUUCCCAUUAAGCUGUUUGUACUGCUUUCCUUGGAAUUUCAAUAUUCGAUGGUCUCUUCUACUCCUGCGAUGGAUAUUUCAGAAAUACCUGCUCAUGAAGACACUGCUUUUGUUUACAUUGACACUAGAUCUCGUAGUGGGAAAGACUCGUACAACUCCUUCAUUCGCCAACAGCAAAGUCAAAGAGAAAGAGAUCGGCGAAAAAGACUUAGAUCUGGAUGUAUUGAUCAGCGUAAAAGGAUAAAUGAGCAUAUGAUUCUAGGAAAUAAUUCUUUUGCUAUUGCCCAAUUGCAUGAAUCUAUAAUACAUCAUGAUCCUAAUGCUUCUACUUCAAAUAAAACAAUACAUAAUAUUUCUAAUUUUGAAUUAGAGAGAACUCUUAAUGGAUUGAACGUGUCAUCUACUGCUUAUGUAUUGUCAACACCCAUCUAUUGUAAGCAUUGUAAUGCCCGUAAAUUUUAUAGAAUUUGUUGUGCUGACGGAAAAAUCAAGCUUUUAAUGCCCGACUUACCAAGUGAACUAUAUAAUUUAUUUACUUCUAAAGAACUGAGUUGCAUAGAAUUCAAGAAGAUUGUGAGGGGAUAUAAUAACCAUUUUGCUUUUACUUCAUUUGGUGUGAAGUACGAUAAAAACCUCUUUAAAGCAUAUAAAGGUAUUUACACAUUUAGGGUUCAAGGACAAGUACAUCAUUAA